AUGGCACCAGUGGCAACCACGGAAGGGUAUGGAGGCCAUUACCUCCCGGACGACAGCAGCAAAGGCACCGCAUUUGAUGCAAAGACGCCUGUAAUCAACAAUCCUUCUGAUGAGGAUGUCACGAUACAUGAUCAGCUAUAUGGAACUCGCAAGAAGAUGCGGGUAGUGAUGCUGGGGGCGGGUGUUUCAGGGUUGAACUUCUUCAAGUUCGCAGAAGAGAAGUUGAAGAAUGUGGAGAUCAUCUGUUACGAGAAGAACGAUGAUGUCGGUGGCACCUGGUAUGAGAAUCGCUACCCAGGCUGCGCAUGUGACAUUCCGAGUGUUGUCUAUCAGUUUCCCUGGCGUCAAGCUCCUUGGACGAAAUACUACUCACAAUCUCCAGAGAUCUGGAAAUACCUCAAGAUGGUAGAGCAAGAGAACAACUUUAUCGAGAAGUACGUCAAGCUUCAGCACAAGAUCGUCUCCGUCUCAUGGGAUGAUGGAACGGCUCAAUGGACGAUUCGUGUACAAGAUCUCAAGACCGGGCAAGGAUUCGAAGAUCACUCAGACUUUCUCAUCGAUGGAGGUGGCGUCCUCAACAAAUGGAAGUGGCCGAACAUUCCAGGGCUUCACGAUUUCAAGGGCACCUUACUGCACUCUGCACAGUACGACGAGAGAACGGACCUGAAGGGCAAGCGCGUGGCCCUUGUAGGUGCUGGCAGCAGUGGUGUACAGAUAUUGCCAAAUGUUUACGACAAAGUUGAGAAGAUCUACACCUGGGUUCGGACAAAGAUCUGGAUCACGGCAGGCUUCGCUCAGGACUUUGCUGGUAAGGACGGCGCCAACUUUGUCUACACAGAGGAGCAACAAAAGCUGUUUGAGGACCCGGAUGAGUACCUGGCGUACCGCAAAAUGAUCGAAGGUGAGCUGAAUCAACGCUUCAGCUUCAUCGUGAACGGCUCUCCUCAACAAAAGGCCGCGCGUGAAUUCUCCAUGAAUGACAUGAAAGCCAAACUCAAGCACCGACCGGAUCUUCUAGAGAGAAUCAUGCCCAACGAUUUUGACGUAGGGUGCCGGCGACCGACUCCUGGCAACGGAUACCUUGAGUGUCUCGCAGCAGAAAAGACACAAGUAUAUACCGAGCAAUUAAAAAGGAUUACCGAGAAGGGAUUCAUCGAUCCGGAUGGCAACGAGCAAGAAGUCGACGUUAUUAUCUGCGCCACCGGUUUCGAUACUUCAUACAACCCACGUUUUCCGCUGAUAGUGAACGGUGAGGACAAGCUUGAACAAUGGAAGAAGAAUCCUCAUCCUCACGUCCCCUCUUACCUGAGUUUGGCAUAUGCUGGAGUUCCCAACUACAUUCUCUAUGCCGGCGCAUAUUGUCCAUCAGCUCAUGGAUCCUUCUUCCCAUUGAUUACAGCAUAUGUUAAUUACACCAUCGAGCUCAUUGAGAAAAUGCAAACCGAGAACAUUCGAUCAAUUCGACCGAAGCCUAAGGUUGUGGAGCAAUUUCUACGACAUUCAGACACUUAUAUGAAAAGGACGGCUUGGUCGGGGCCUUGCAGCUCAUGGUUCAAGGGCGGAAAGACGGAUGGAAAGCCGGCUGUCUGGCCUGGAACUCGCAUAAGUUUUCUUCGUAUGCUUGAGAAGGUGCGGUUUGAAGACUUUGACAUUGAAUAUGACGAUGCGGAUGAUAUCUUCGGCUUCUUGGGUAACGGAUUCCAUGUUGGUGAACGAGACGGAAGCGACAUCACCUGGUAUAUGGGUACUCCGAAGAAAGAAGUAGAUCUGGAAAAAGUUCGUCGGAUCAUGGAUGGCACGAAAGGCGUGGAAUUUGGCAUACAGAGGUAG